CAUCUAUAGUGUAAAAGUGUUUGCAAUAUUACUGAGUCUUAUCACUUUUCUGAGCUGUCCGUUUAUAUAUUACUACGUGUAAUUUUUCUAAACGUCGUUAAUAUUCAAUUAUUUUAUCGUUCGCCUUUCGUUUUGUUCGAGUUUUCCGAGAAAUAUAACGUUUCGUUUGUAGCGAUUAAUGUCAUUUGAACGAAAUUAUUCGACGUUUUGAGUUUUCGUCUAACGUUCGGAGUUAGGUCAUUUUUUUGAAAUAUGGCUGCUGCCGCUGCUGCUGCUUUACUUGACGAGCUUAUGGGGAGAAAUAGAAAUGUUCUUCCCAAUGAAAAACCAAAAGAACUUAAUUGGGAGGAUCCUGAGUUUUGCAAAUUAUAUUUGGUAAAAUUCUGUCCUCAUGAUUUAUUUGUGAAUACGAGAGCUGACCUUGGGGCUUGUUCUCGAGUUCACGACGAUGAGGCGAGAGAACUUUUUGAGAAAGCGCCAUACUCAUAUCGUAAACAGCAAUACGAAGAUGAAUUUAUUAGAUUCUGUCAAAGUAUGUUGAAUGAGGUUGAAAGAAAAAUUGUCAAAGGCAAACAACGUCUUGCUCUUAUUGGAAGAACUGAAGCGCCUACUCUGACUCCUGCACAGACUCAAAGAAAUGAAGAACAAAUAGCUUUGCUAACGGAAAAAAUAAACAAAUUAGUAGAAGAGGCAGAACAAAGUGGAAUUCAAGGAAAUGUAGAACAAGCUCAAGGCCUAAUGAGACUUUGUGAUCAAUUAAAAGAAGAACGGGAAACUCUUAGAAAGUCUAACGAUAAUAGCCAUUAUAAUCAAACUGCUGAAUUAGCUGCGGCUCAAGAAAAACAAAUGGAGGUAUGUGAUGUGUGUGGUGCUUUUCUUAUUGUUGGAGAUGCUCAACAACGAAUUGAUGAUCAUUUGAUGGGUAAACAACAUGUGGGUUAUGCAAGAUUAAAAAGUGCUCUUCAAGAAAUUAUGAAUAAACGUGAAAAAGCAAGGGAUGAAAAAGAGCAGAAAAGAGAAGAGGAGAGAAAACAGAGAGCACGUGCUAAUGAAGAACUUGAUAGACGAAGAAGAGAAAGUGAUAGAGAUCGAGAUCGAGAUAGAGAAAGGGAUAAACGUCGUAGACGUACAGACGACGACAAGGGUAGACAUGACUCAGGAAGUCAUAGGAAUUCUGGACAUAGAAGUAGAAGCAGAUCUAGAGAGAAGCAUGAUCGACAUCGUGAUGACGAUAAUCAUCGACGUCAUUCUCGCGACAAAGGAAAUCGGGAUCAUCGAAGUUCCAGUCACCAUAAUCGUCGUCGCCAUCGAUCUCGAAGUCGAAGUCACAAGUAACUACUCUUGAUUGGUUCUUUACCAGGUGAGUUUCAUUAGAUGCACAUAAUAUGUACAUGAUAAUUAUCUGUGAUUUUGAAGAAUCGCAUACAGUCACAACGUACCAGUCUUUGAUCCUGCCUAUUAAUUGGAGAAAUGCUCUUACUAAAUUUCAUAUGGACCUGAUUGUACAGCAUUUUAUUUUCAAUGUGACGAGCUCAUUCUAUGUAACAUAUAGCUUGAAAAAGCUGCAUCGAGGUAAUGUCGAGCAAGGAGUAGUAAAGUCGUUCACAAAAGAAAGGUAUAUUUAUCAUGUAGUACUAUAGAUAUUGUCUACAGAGCAAGAUAGGAGAAGGUAUACCUAUGCUUGCUUUGAUCGGUAUAAUGUCUUCAUAGGUUAAAUACAGUAAAUCAUUAUGUAAUAUCAACGACUGCAUAGCUUUUUUGUCGAAAAGAAAUUAGUGGUUUAGUGGAGGAAACAGUGCCUACUUCCGUAGACCUGCAACGACAGUGCCCUGUGUGACUGUGACUAUACAAACCUAGCUUCUGCUACGCAUUUCUGAGGUAUUUAUAUCGGAAUGAUAAUACCAAACAUGUCCUUUUCUUAGGAAAGUUAGACUUUUUUGAAAUUGAUGAUGUUUAUUUUUGGAGUGAUACUUCAGUGCUAGUGCUUAAAGGAAAUGAUAACAAAGUCCUCCUGCUAUUACUUUCCUUACUUCCUAAUUGCAGUUGAUUGGAGCAUUGUCAAGAUGACUUUCAAUGAUAAUUUAUCUGAGAGUUUUUCGUUUAGGGACAUAUUAAUGAUACCUAUGAGAACAGAAAUUGGAUAGAUCAAUUGUAGUAUUUUCAAACUUCGAACUUAAAUGUUCAGAGUAACUUUCCUGUUAUUUCUAUAGCCAGUGAGUUAAAAAUAUGAAAUUGAUUCAAUUGUCAUCAUAAAUAUUAUACCAGUAUCAAAUUGAUUAUUUAAACAUUUCCUCAAUUUGAUAAGGAAUUUCUUACUACUCCCCUUUUUACAAUUUAUGAGAAAUGUGUAUCAUAUGAAAUAUUUUCUUCCCUCCUUGCACGUGUCACUUUAUUUACACUUUUAGUUCUUAAUGGUUAGGGUGCGGGUAAAAUUAUAAUUUUUAUAAAUGGGUGAAAUGAUUAUUCUUUAGCAUUAUCCUACAUCGAUCAAAAGGAUCACAACAGAGGCCAUAUGGAUCAUAAAUUGAGCUGCUCCUAGGACUUCCCUCAUUUAUAUAUAGUCUCAUAUUAUUCAGUUUGCCAUGUCCUUCGUUUCAGCUUUGAUAGAGAAGAUACAUAUUUUACAUAUGUCUUACAUUUACACAAUUCAUUAAUGAUAUAAAUGUUUCUUUAUUAUUAUUAUAAUCUGCUUUUUAAAUAUUUACUUACAGAAAUAUAAAAGUUUACUCUAAUAAACUUCAACUUCAAUAUUAUCAUUUUGUAUUGCAGCACAGAAAUAUUAUAACUUUAUUACAAAUAUUAUAAUAUUACAUAAUAUAAUUAGUAUUUAAUAACAUAUAGAGAUAGAAAAUAUUGGAUUUUAGAUCUAUGAAAAGAUGAACUA